GUGGCCACAUGAUAUUUGCAGAGAGCAACAUUAUUUCAAUAGUAUUUGGGUCGUUUGUUCUAGGGACCAAAUUUAGUACCAGUUGAUUUAUACGAAAAAAAAAAAGAAAAAAAGCAGGGAUCUUACCUAAGGAAGGAACAGAAAUAAGAGUACUCGUACAAUACAAUGGUUGUUACUGAACUUAGAGUUUCAUGUCUCACAAGUGCACUUUCAUGUUGCAAUUCCCGGUCUUCAACUUAUCAUUCACGGAUCUUAUUGCUACAAAAAUCAAAACCAGGGUUCAUGCAUCGUAAACUAUCGAUCAAUUCCACUGCUCUCAAUGACAAGGUGGCACCUUUACAAACGGAUGAUAGCACCAAAAGUUUGGAGCAAGUCAAAAGAAAAAGUCAAGAAGCAUUGUUAAACUCAAGUGAUCCUAUGGUAGCAUUGAAGAUGAUUGACUCAAUCCAAGGGCUGGGAAUUGGUCACCAUUUGGAAGAUGAGAUCAAUAUACAACUUGGGAGGAUAUGUGAUUGGGACCUUUCUCUGGACCUCUUUGGCACAUCCCUCCAAUUUCGUUUACUGAGGCAUAAUGGCUGGCCUACAUGUUCUGACGUUUUCAAGAAAUAUUUGGACAAGAGUGGCAAUUUCAAGGAGUCACUCACCAAAGAUAUUUGGGGUAUGUUAAGCCUAUAUGAAGCAUCACAUUUAGGAACUGAAGAUGAAGAAAUAUUAAAGAGAGCCAUGAAGUUUUCAAGUGCUCAUCUAAAUGAGUUAAUCCCACACCUUAGUCCUGAAAUAGGUAGGAACAUUGCCAAAUCCUUAACACUUCCAAAGCACCUAAGAAUGGCAAGGUUAGAAGCAAGGAACUAUAUGGAAGAAUAUAGCAAAGGAAGUAACCAAAUACCUGCUCUUCUGGAAUUGGCAAAGUUAGACUCUGAUAUGGUUCAGUCAUUACACCAAAGAGAAUUAACAGAAAUCUGCAGGUGGUCGAAAGAGUUGGGACUUAUUGAAAGACUAAGUUUUGCAAGAGAUAGACCAACAGAGUGUUUCUUAUGGACAGUGGGGAUAUUUCCAGAACCAUGUUAUUCAAAUUGUCGUAUUGAACUUACAAAAACCAUUUGCAUUUUGGAUGUUAUUGAUGACAUCUUUGACAAUUAUGGUACAUUAGAGGAUCUUGUUCUUUUCACAAAGGCAAUUAAAAGAUGGGACCUUGAUGGAAUGGAGCAACUUCCAGAAUACAUGAAGAUAUGCUAUAUGGCAUUAUAUAACACCACAAAUGAAAUUGCAUAUAGAAUUCAAAAAGAACAUGGACUAACUGUUGUUUCUUGCUUGAAAAAAACAUGGAUGGACAUGUUUGACGCAUAUCUGGAAGAAGCGAAAUGGUUCAAUAGCGGAUAUGUGCCAAGUUUUAAGACGUAUUUGGAUAAUGGGGUGAUUUCGGUUGGAUCAUGCAUGGCAUUGGUGCAUUCUACUUUCCUCAUUGGUGAUGGUCUCUCAAAGGAAACUAUUUCCAUGAUGAAGCAAUAUCCUAGACUAUUCUCUUGUUCAGGAGAAAUUCUUCGACUAUGGGAUGACUUGGGAACUUCAACGGAGGAACAAGAAAGAGGGGAUAAUGCUUGCAGCAUACAAUGCUUGAUGAAAGAAAAUAAUAUUUCAGAUGAAAAUGAAGCAAGGAAACACCUAAGGUUGCUAAUAGGAAAUUUGUGGAGAGAGCUCAAUGGUCUUGCCAUGUCAAAAACUAUACCUUUGUCUGUUGUCAAAGCUUCUCUGAAUAUGGCUAGAACUGCUCAAGUUAUUUAUCAACAUGGAGAUGAUCAAAGCACAUUUACUGUUGAUGACUAUGUGCAAACAUUGAUCUUCACAUCGUUUCCUAAUUCCUAGCCAUUGAAUUGAAGAGAUACGAACUCAACUAUAACAAGAAGUGCAUUUUUAAAAAGUUGUAAAAAGAAGUGGGAUUGAAUUGUAGUUUAAAAGUUCACUUCUAAAAACUAUCAAAAUUCUUUUAAAAAAAAUCAAGAAUGUGUUUGGACGUGAAAA